ACACAAUUAAGUUUGGGUUUACCAAAGUACCUGAAUUAUGGCAUAUUCUAUUGGAAGUGAUUUCAGUACCUCAUUUACUGAAGUUAAAGAAAUGUUCUGUGAGUUUUGUAAUAAACAUGACAAGCAAUAUGUUCCUGCUGAGGGAUUUUGUGCGAAAUGUUUCGAGUACUUGUGUGGAACUUGCCUUAAAUACCAUAGAGUAUACAAGAAAUCUCAUACCAUUAAGGAUAAGGAUAACAUGCCACAGGAUUUCUGUUUAGAGAAAUGUUCUGUUCAUCGAGAUGAAUUGAUCAAGUUCUAUUGUCAAGCUUGUAAGAAAUUUGCCUGUACUGAAUGUAAGACUCAAGACCAUAGGAACUGUUGUUUUUUCGUCAGCCAUUUGUCAGUUCUUGUUCAAGGGAUUGAAAAAAGCGAAGAAAUCAAAGAACUUAAUGAAAAUCUUGAUGAGUUAAUGAAAGAUUUAAAAAAUACAGAAAAACAUGUGAACAUAAACCUGAAGGAGGUUGCUUCACGAGAAACAAAAAUAUUAGAUACAGUCAUGAAAAAAAAGCAAGAAAUAUUAACAGUGUUUGAAAAAUAUCAAAAUAAAGUAAUUCAAGACAUUGACAAAAAGAUAGAAGAAACCUUUAAAAGGUUUGAAGAAAAGAAAAAAGAGAAGAUUGAAAAAUUACGAGAACAUCAAAAUAGAUUAGAAAAGUUAUUAAAUGAUGAGGAAAAUGAAAUAAAAAAGAAAAUUGAAAACAUAAAAAAGAAUGACAAGAAAGUUUUGAAGACAAUCAUUGAAGAAACUUUCAAAAUGAAAACAAAACUAAACACAUAUCAACAGAGUUGGUGCAUCAGCAAAAUACAAAUCAAAGAUGUCAAAUGUUUAUUGUUAUGAAGAAUGGGCU